CGGUGAAUUCUUUCUGAAUUAUAGUUUUGUAUGGUUUCUGCCUUAAGCAGGCUAGGAGCAGGUAAUAAUACAUGCCACAAUUGAGAUAUCCAUCGAAGCAAUUACUACAUUGUAAAGUUUCUGGUCUACCCUAAAGCUCUAUUGUAAGCAAUGAAUAUUGCUAGUUGUACCGCCGGUCUUUGCCUGAUAAGUCAAAGCACUUCUUCAAACUGACAUUUAAAAACCACCGUUGAAAAUUGAAGUUUUUAUGUGAGGUGAUAGUUGUUGAAGCGCAUAAAUUCCUAUUAGUUACUCGGUGUUUGAACAUUAACCAUAUCUGUCCCGGUUCUAAAAGUGAUGAGGAUAUUGACAGAAGGUUCUAGUCGUACCAAAGCCCCGCCUAAGUGAGUGAAAAUUUAUUUGUCUUUUGCGAAGUGCUGUAGCCGUGUUUACGUAACUUUUUUUUGAAGGUGUUUAUUCCCAAAUAAAUUAAAAUGAAUGAAAUACCAUUUAUUUUAUGCUAAAUUUAUGCAAUAAUUUGGCAUCAAAAUAUUAGAAGUUUUUUUUGAACGUAAGUUAUCGUAAAUAGAGUACUCUAACAAACAAACUGACUGGUGAUAAAUAGUUACUAGUUCAAUAUGGAUUAUUGGAUAUUCCAUUAAAUCGAAUCGGCCGAAUCAGAGGUAAUGUGUUAUAUGUAAUUUGAAAACCUAUAGGGUUAAGGUUUGCUUUUUUUUUUGUAAUAUUGUCCAACUAAGUUGCCUUGGUUCUUUUGCGAGGCUUUGAUUUUUCUUAAUAGGUACGUUCCGCUAUCAUAGCUUAUGGUGUUGUUUUCUCGCAUCCAUAGCGAUUUAAAUAACGAGAUAAUAAGAUUCGCACUAACGGAUGUUAUAAAAACGGUUCGUUUAGUUCGCUUAGAUUCAUUUAAAUCAAGGCUCUACUACCCCCGUCUUGUUCCGGUAGAUGCUCACAGUUAGCUCAAUUGGCUUUUAUACGAUUGUAUGAAAUUAAUUUAGAGCAGUCUUCUUUAGCUUCUAGAAGGGCAUUACCGUCUUGUGUGAAGCCUCCGUUGCGGCAGUACUUAAUUCGAACUCUUCUUUUUGUUUGACACUUAUAUUGUAAGAAUAAUGAUAAUAACGAUGAUUAUUAUUGAAAUAGCUUCCAACUGAUAGAAUUUACCCAGUCAGGUAAGUACACUAACAUUUAGCGUAAUGAUCGCCCUUUAGACAGUCCGAGUCAUCACAAUGUCAUUAGCUGCAUUGGAAAAGCCGUCUUUGUUGGCUGCACGUAUGACCGAUAUCGAACGGGACAUACGUCGCAAAAUGGACGCACUCGCUAAACAUGUAGAACACACAGAAUUGCUAGAUGAGUCUUCUAUACAAGAGGCUGGUCAACUGAAAAUAAGCCUUGAGGAGCACCUAUCCGAGGUGGAUUUGCUGGCUGCCCAGUUGAAUGAUACCAUCUCUUCUCUACGGCAGAUCGCUGAUCAAGACCAGAAACAGCAUAUCGCCGAACUUGAGGCGAAAAUUGCUACAGUAAAUCAUGCGCUGAAACGGACCGCGGAUCUUAUCGAGAUUGGCGAUUUACUUGAGGCCACUGAGGCGUGUCAAAAUGACAGAAGCACAGCCUUGGUUUAUCUAAACCGAAUCGAAGAGAGCUGUGAGACGCUCAAUGUGUGGAGUGGCGGUAAACUUCGAAUCCUUCAGUCUAUUAGACAGCACCUAGUAAACAAGCGUUAUACACUUGAGGUUGAGCAGCGAAAAUCACUGCAAAAUCUGAAGGACGAGUCGAACAAAGAGUAUGGCCAUGACGGCGACAUCAACGCUGAAGGCAUAGGAGACGGAGAAGAAAAUGAAGUUAGCGCCUUUUUAGGGAAGAUUCGUGAAAUUUUACGGAAGUCGUUGGAGCCAACGGAGAAGCUUACCAGUACAGACUUCGGUGGCCCCGGCGACAUGAACCCUUGCCGUGUUUCUUUCUGGUUACGUCCUCUAGUCGUUGAGAUCUUAGACUGCCCAGAGCCGUCUCUAGUGAUCGAUAUUUAUACCUCGUACUAUAAGCAUACUGUUUCGACGUUAUCAGAUAAGGAAGUGGCUAUAGUCUAUUGUAAUUCAAUGUUCAUUGCGCACAAAGUAUUACUUCAUUGCCUGUUGCAUCCAUCAAGCAGGGUAGCACUCAACUCAUCAGUCGGGCUUAGGCGUUUUGCCGACAUCGUCUUUCACGAACGACUUCAAAAGCUGGCAUUUGAUUCAUUCCGGCAAAGAAAGACCGAUUUCCUCGACGAUGAUGCGUUUAAAGAGUAUCCACAGUUUUUGCGCAGGUACUGUGCGGAUCUGCAAGAGAUUCUACCUUUAAACGUGUCUGAAAAAGUGCUGUGUUUACUUAUCGAAGACUAUGUAGAGUUGUUGAUUUCUGUUGUAGUUAUGAAGGAAGACAUCGAAAGCAAUCAGGCUGAUCUCUGGGCGACGAUUUUGUCUGAGAUAUUGGCCGAAAUCAAGGAUAUAGCUGGCCGUAUGAAGAUUCGCCCGCUUCCAAAAGCUGAAGAACUAAAAAAUAUUUUAUCGUAUGGCCUCAAAGACUUCGCCGCACAUUGGAAAAACCAUGACUCAGAAUUGAGGACGUGGUAUCAACCUGCCGAAGUAGCCCACCUUAUCAAAGCAAUUUUCCAAAAUUCGCCCAUGCGUUCAUCGGUUCUCGCGCAGAUUAAGUGACGAGACGCUAGUGAUAUGUACAUAGAAGUAUUAUCAAAGAAAAUGAUAAGGAUAGACUUACAAGACAACGUUGCAUACGGAAUUAUGAUAAAACGUUUUUUAAAAAUAAAAUAUUUAUUUUGUUUAAUAACAACAACAAGCGUUAUGUUUGUCAAUUACGAGCAUACUCAACAUGGCUUUAGAAACCCUUACUAAAAUUAAAAAAAAAUAGCUUUUAAAAGGAAGGUAGUCAUCUAAACUACUAUGGCUUGAUAAUGCAGUAUUGGCCGGUCUUCUGGCAGAAACAAAAAACAGUAGAGAAUCAUACAACAAUUGCAACAAUAGAUCUCACAGGGGCUCCCACUUGGGCUUACCCCAGAGUAUAGUUAU